AUGGUCUUUGAGUUGGAGCCUGAGUUGAGGCGCCUCCAGUCCUCCGCCUCCUCCAACUCGCUAACGAUAAUCCGACCGGUCACUGGCUCCCUCUCAGGGAAGGUCAAUCUUCCCUGCUUCUUCUCCACCAUCCCAACCUCAGCGCCGGUCAUCAGCCCCAACGGAACGGCCAUUUAUAGCAGAGAUUACCUACGGAUCAAAUGGACCAAAAUAGACGGGGAAGUGGAAUCCACAGUGCUGGUGGCACAAAAUGGCUUCAUCAAGAUCGGUUCCAUCUACAGGAACCGCGUGUCAGUGCCCAGUCACCCGGAGGACGUCGGUGACGCCUCACUGACGAUGGUGAAGCUGCGUGCCAGUGACACGGGCACUUACCGCUGUGAGGUCAUGUACGGCAUUGAAGACACCCAGGAUACAGUGAACCUAGACGUCAACGGUGUCGUCUUUCACUACCGGGCGAGCAUCAGCAGAUAUACACUAAACUACCAGAACGCUGUCAGGACUUGCCAAAAUGUUGGAGCAACCAUUGCCACAUAUGACCAACUGAGAGCAGCCUAUGAGGACGGCUUUGACCAAUGUGAUGCCGGCUGGAUCGCCGAUCAGUCAGUGAGAUACCCAAUUAUCAAGCCAAGGAACGGCUGCUUUGGCAACCUGAAGACCAAACCUGGCAUUAGGACAUAUGGCAUCAGGAAACCAACGGAGACCUAUGAUGUAUAUUGUUACGUAGAUAAACUUCAUGGUGAGGUGUUUUAUGCUCCUGUGACCCACAAGAUGACUUUAGGGGAGGCCAGUGCAGAGUGCAGGAGGAGGAAAUCUUCUUUGGCGACCCCUGGCCAGCUCCAUGCUGCUUGGCGACAGGGCCUGGACAAAUGUGACUAUGGCUGGCUCUCCGAUGGCAGCGUGCGACAUCCUGUUGCAGUACCCAGAAUGAAGUGUGGGGGGGGCCUGCUCGGCGUCAGGACCAUGUAUCGCUACAGAAACCAGACCGGCUUCCCAGAACCAUCUACGAAGCUUGGGGCUUACUGUUUUAAAGGAAUUCACUCAUGUACAAAGGAUAUUUGUCUGAAUGGAGGAUCUUGCCACAACAUUGGAAGCCUCUACACGUGUAGCUGUCCUCCUGGUUACAGUGGUGAUCGCUGUGAGACAGAUAUUGAUGAGUGCCAAUCGAAUCCUUGCCUCAACGGAGGCACAUGUAUAGACUGUCUGGCUUCCUUUUCGUGUGUGUGCCUCCCAAGCUACUCCGGGCUGCAUUGUGAAGAGGAUACAGAAAUCUGUGAAUAUGGCUGGCACAAGUUUCAGGGCCACUGCUACAAGUACUUCCCCCAGAGGAGAAACUGGGACACAGCAGAGAGAGAGUGCCGCAUGCACGGGGCUCAUCUCACCAGCAUCAUGUCCCACGAGGAGCAACAGUAUGUCAACCGUCUUGGACAGGACUACCAGUGGAUUGGCCUGAAUGAUAAGAUGUUUGACAGCGACUUCCGCUGGACUGACGGCCGGCCCAUGCAAUAUGAAAACUGGAGGCCCAACCAGCCCGACAGCUUCUUCUCCUCGGGCGAGGACUGCGUAGUGAUGAUCUGGCAUGAGGACGGCCAGUGGAACGACGUUCCUUGCAACUACCACCUCACCUACACAUGCAAGAAGGGCACAGUGGCCUGUAAUCAGCCCCCUCUGGUGGAGAAUGCACGAACCUUUGGCAAAAAGCUUGAGAGGUAUGAGAUCAACUCUCUGGUGAGGUACCAGUGCAGGACAGGCUUUAUUCAGAGGCACGUCCCGACUAUCCGUUGUCGUGGGGAUGGACGAUGGGACCUCCCUAAAAUCACCUGCAAUAACCCCUCCAGCUACCAGAGGUCCUUUCACAGAAGACAUCAACACAGCAGUCUCUACAGCGUCAACAACUUCAGAAGACGGCCGGAUGAGGCCCUCGGCUUUCACAAUCAGCUCUACCGGGGAAGGAGGGAGAGGACUGAACAUUAGCUGAAGAGACAGUGAUCGCCAUGCAAGAUGGCGCAGCCUCCUGGAGAAGAGAACACACGGAUGACGUGUGUGUAAAAGGAGGAAAAGGAUUCUCUAAAGGAAAAGAGAAGAGAGACAAAACUCAUCAAAAAAAACAAGAGGAAAAUCUGCAGUUUUGUUGGAAUUUUACGCCGACGAUGGAAUCUAUUGAAGUGCCUUUUUUGAAAGAGAUGUUGAAAGACAAUGUUUCUUAUCAAGGGCGCGCUGCUUCACAACAAUGUGGAUAAUUAACACUUUCAGCUGGCUACUGGAAAAGCAAAAAAGUAUUCUCAUCAUUAUUUUUUAAACUGUGGAUGUUUUUUUCUCUUGACAUAGUUUAUCAAAUAAUACAUCCAUAAAUGUUGUCUAAUACCUUUGUACACCAAAUGUGCUAUUUAAAAUCACCAUAAGUGUUCCUUAUUCCUACAAAAAAAAAAAACGCUUUUGUGAAAUUAUAGCGCUUAUGUUAUGUAAAGGACUUGAUUAUGUUGUUGUGCUGCCCUCAACCUGUAACUUCUCAGAAAAACUAUGAGGAAUCGGCAUGAGGACCCUCCAUGCCAAGGACCCUUAGUGGAGUUUUGUAUCACAUAAAUAUAAUAAUAAGCCUUUAUAAAGAGUCUGUCUUCAGAUCCAGAGGCACACAUCAUGUUCUGAAACAUGGUUCUACAGCUUUGCUAUUGGUAGUUUUUCAGAUUCCAGGUUUAUAAUACACCGCGAUCUGGGGAAAUUUCACCAAAUUACUCAGUUAACUGCUGGAGAUCCUCUUUGUGGCGGCAGCUUUCAAAAUACCGAGUAUCCACCUUUCAUUAGCAGCCUUCACGGUGUGUCAUGGAUGUCUUGUCAAGAUAAAUGUUUAUUGAUAGAUUUUAUACAGAGAAUUUUAUAUUUCUUUUUGAUUCCUUGCAAUUACUUUUUACGAACCCAUCGACAAAGCCUUUAUCCACGGAUGGAAAUCAAUGUCCAUCACCAGUUUCAAAUGGAAAGAAGGGAAGUGUGGCUCAAGUAACCUGUAUUUUCUGCUUGUGUAUGUCAAAUGCAUCACCUACGAUAAGUUGCUACUGCAUGUUUACUGUUCUUAAUCACUCAUCUGUUGCUGCUGUGCUGUAGCUCAGAGUUUUCCUGGUCAUUUUGUUUUAUUCUGCACACUUUUUGUUUCUGUUUUCGUGGUCGACUGACAAUCAGCCAUUGAGAGAAUGUAUUUUGUGAAACACUCAAAAAAGACUUGAACGUAACGGCUGUUUAGGCACAGAUACAUGUAAUUUAUAUUUUCAAGCUGCUCACGACCUCCUGACUUGGUUUGUACUGACGAGUAAAACACGAUGCUGUCGUCCCGCCAGCAGAGCGCUUCAUAUGUUUUUCAUUGUACGUUCAACAGGAGACCAGCCACAGUCACAGACUUGUCUACAUGAGAUGCAUUGAAGAAGUGUCCUAACAAUACGAUUGAUUUCUUUUUACAUCUUUAAUGCCAACAGUGGACAGAAGAGUAUGGAGGGCCCCAUCGGCUGCAAUAAUGUUAUUUUGUAACAUUAACACACUAUUUGUCUGUGUUGAUGGUUGUUUGUGUCUUCAGACGAAUUUUUUAAUAGAGAAAAGUUGUUUUGUCUGUCUGUGAAUAUCUCUGUGUGUAUUCCAGCUUUAAUGUGCACAUAAUAUCAUAUUUAUAACAGUUUUUUAUUUUGUAUUUUAAAAUGUGAAUGUCUGGGAUGCUUGUGAAUUUUUUUUUUCUUUAAACGAAAAUGAAACUGUUUUUUUUUUCCUGCUUUAAAUCACCAGAGAAACCAAAUAAAAUA